GCCCAGAUUGAUGUUUGUUUCAAGUAUAAUACGCUACCAAUUCCUUUUGAGCAAUUUUCUUUAUACGACAAUGCUGAUGUUGUUAAUGACAUUGCUUGUAUUGAAAAUUAUUUGGACAAAAGACAAGUUGCUCUUAAAUCUCUAAUUAGGCAUGUUGAUCCUAACAAUGUAAUUAAACUUUGGGAAGUUAGGCAUAUGAAUGUUAAUACAGUUUCAAUGAACUUUAAUACUUUAUUUGAUUCUUGUGGUAUAUCAGACUCUUCUAAGGAAUUGUUUACGACUAAUGAAGUACAAGCUUCAUAUUCAACUAUGGAUACAAUAUGA